CAUACACAACUUUGAAUCAGAUGUUCAUAACUCUGUGUCACAGUAAGUAACAUGAUUUUAACAACUAAACUUACAUUCCCACUGCAGAUUUUUUUCUUGUAUUCUUAAACUUUCUGUGACCACGUGCUACUCUGUGACCACUUGGUACUCGCUGCAACAAAAACGGGGCCUCUGGUUUAAUUUUCACAGGAUUUUUUUUAGUGUUGCAGUAUAUUGUCUGAUAGCAUUAUACAGAAACAAUCCCAUCAUAUUCUUCUUCUUCUUCUAUAUCUUAAGGGCCCACGAUCAAUUUAUUGAUCAUUUUGGCUCCUAUGCAUGUAGAUGGGAUUUGCCAUGUUUGACAAUGACCACCACUACUCCUUUAAUACGUGAUCCCGUUUGAAGGCUUGAGGCAAUAGACACAAAUGUGUCUAGUGUUGUCGCCUCAACUGUUCCUUUUGAAAGAUGGUUCCAGUCCCUGAUUGUCGUGGGCAGGAAUGAGCAGCUCCUAUACUGGCUUCUUGCUGGUAUGAGCCUGAAUUGCCUGUCAUGGCCUCGUCGCUGUCUAUGGGGGAGAGGGACGAGUUUCUGUUUAAUACUGGAACAGUGGACCAGUCCAUUAUUUAUCUUGUACAUCAUGGAGAGCCUGGAUUGUCGUCGUCGUUUCUCCAAUGGUGACCAGCCUAGUGUUUCUAGCAUGCUUCCAACACUAGAGGUAUUCCUGUAGCGGUUUAGGACAAAACGUGCUGCUCGUUGCUGGACCGCCUCCAACCUGUCAAUGCUCUUCUGGGUAAAUGGGUCCCAGACUGAAGAUGCAUAAUCUAAAAUCGGACGGAUAAAGGCUUUAUAUGCUCUUUCUUUCACACAGGAGUUGCCAAUCUUUAGAUUUCGCCUUAAGAACCCCAAGGCUUGGUUUGCUUGGUUACAUACAUUGUUAAUAUGCUCGUCCCAGCGGACCUCUCUUUGAAUGGUAACACCCAGGUACUUUACGGAGGAAACUUGCUCAAGAAUAUGGCCGUGCAGUUUGUAUUGGUAGUGUAGAGGAGUACAACUUCUAGAGAUUGAUAGUGUCUGGCACUUGGCAGGGUGAAAUUCCAUGUCCCAGCUCAUCUCCCACUCAGCUAACAGAUUGAGAUCCUGUUGUAGCUGGUCCUGGUCAGAUCUGUUGGCGAUCGUCCUAUACACUGCUGUGUCAUCUGCAAACAAUAUUUUUAUCAAUGCCCAUGCAUCUUCAUCCACCACUCACAGGCUAGUAACAUAGAAACUGGUCAAAAACGGAGCAGUUAUAAAAAAAACACAAUGAAUUUAAUAUAAUCUGACUUGUUUACAAAACAAUGUUGUAUUCAAUAAUAGCCAUAUUUUGUAGUUCUAAGAUUAGAAUUCAUGAAACAAAUUUCAAGUUUGAUGUUAUUUGAGUAGACAAGACAAGAAAAGAUUUUACAGGAACAAUGCCUUUUUUUAAAAAAUGGAAUCAAUUAAUUGUUUGAUUUUAUUUUUAAAUUUUCCCUUGCAUGGUCAAAUGUUCAAAAUUGAUAAUUAUAAACAAAAUUUCUUCAUGCUGAGUGUGAACACCAAUGUGGGAUAUCCUUGUUAUGGAUUCUAAACACUGAUUAACCACUGAGCUUUGUUACUGCAACAAAUCUGCAGUGUGUAUGUCACCUUUAAUUUUACUUUGUUAUGAUUUCUUUAUCAUUAUUUAUUCUGGCAGCAAAAAGACAAAUUAAUUUGGGAGAUUAAAGCUGUUUUGCAUUGACAGCAGAUUUUUAAUUUCAUGUGAAAUUGGCUGCUGACUUCUGACUUACGUGGUUGAAAUUUUUUUACUCAGGGUUUACCUUAUCAAUCAACAAAUGAGUUUAUUGACCCAUAACUGGAGGAAACCAUCAAUAGAUGAAUUUAUUGACCCCUAACUGGAGGCAAUCUACAAUCGUUGAAUUUAUUGACCCAUAUCCGUAGUCAAUCAUCAAUUAAUGAAUUUAUUGACCCAUAUCUGUAGGAAAUCAUCGAUAGAUGAAUUUAUUGACCCAUAUCUGUAGGAAAUCAUCAAUAGAUGAAUUUAUUGACCCAUAUCUGUAGGAAAUCAUAAAUAGAUGAAUUGAUUGACCCAUAUCUGUAGGAAAUCAUCAAUAGAUGAAUUUAUUGACCCAUAUCUGUAGGAAAUCAUAAAUAGAUGAAUUGAUUGACCCAUAUCUGUAGGAAAUCAUCAAUAGAGGAAAUUAUUGACCCAUAUCUGUAGGAAAUCAUCAAUAGAUGAAUUUAUUGACCCAUAUCUGUAGGAAAUCAUAAAUAGAUGAAUUGAUUGACCCAUAUCUGUAGGAAAUCAUCAAUAGAUGAAUUUAUUGACCCAUAUCUGUAGGAAAUCAUAAAUAGAUGAAUUGAUUGACCCAUAUCUGUAGGAAAUCAUCAAUAGAGAAAUUAUUGACCCAUAUCUGUAGGAAAUCAUCAAUAGAUGAAUUUAUUGACCCAUACCUAGAGACCCUUAGUUGAAGGCAGACAAAGUUUCACGUGUGUCAGGGCUGAAAAAUCAUUGUUUAAAAAUAAAUGUUUGACAAAAUUGUCUUUUAAAAUUAGUUAGUUUCAAUUAAAUGUUGAAUUAUGAGAAGCAUGUAGUAUAUGUUUUAUGUAUGACCUUCGUACUUAUUAUAUGAUUUGACUGUAGUACUUUUUCAGUAUGCACAUUAGAAACUUUUUUGCAUCUUUUAUCUUUAUUAAUCAGUUAAUGUCACUGUCCCAUCAGCUUGGUCAAUCCAUCAGAGUUUGAUUUAAUGGAUGAUGCUGUGUUGUUUGGGACACUUAAUUCAUCCUCUCAGUUGUAAGUAACAGGAGAAUGUCACAGAAAAAUUCUACUAUUUAUUUGAUAUAAAUCAACCAUUAAUUUAAUACAAUUCAGCCAUUUACUUAAUAUUAAUCAGAUAAAUGUACUCUACUGAUCAAGUUUUCAAAAGUAAAAUUAAUUUCUAAUGAAAUAUUUGAUUAAUUUUGUGUCACAGUUUAAUGGAAAUCUAAUUGAAUAAAUUUUAGAUUUCUCACUUGACACUAUUUGAUUCCACUCCAAAAUUUAAUUAAAUAAUACAAGUAUAAAAGAAAUAAUUUGUAAACAAAUGUUUAAUGACCACCUCAUAAUGUAAAAUUAAUUAUUUCCCAAGUGACAGUGACAGUGGAAUGCAGAAAGCUGACUUUAAAUUCACCAACUUAGUUGAUAAGAAUCUGUAUGUACCAGUGUUGGACCAUCACUUGCAGUCUUGGCUGUCCAUUCGAGAGCUUCACUUAGGGGGUGAGUGUCCAACUUUGAACUUUUUGUAGAGAGAUUUUUGUAAAUAUAAGUCGAUUUAUUAACAAAAGGUGUAUUUUGUUUAAUCCACAGUACCCAAUCUACAUCCUAGAUUACUUCAAGGGAUAUGCAGUUUGCUACAGCGACCCCAGUUUAAAAGCUUUACUUUGUCAUCUGCUGAUUUCAGACACCAAGUCUUAGAUGACAUUCUCACAACUGUAGCGAGACACAGGUUGUUAACAUUAGAUGUAGCCAGCACAGGUUGUUAACAUUAGAUGUAGCCAGCACAGGUUGUUAACAUUAGAUGUAGUACAACACAGGUUGUUACCAUUAGACGUAGAACAACGCAGGUUGUGUAUUUCAGCAUUAAAUCUUGCAGAAGGCAAGAUGCUCAUGUUGAUUUUUAAAAAAUUAUCAAAUUAAUGGACAUGACUGAUUGAUCAGAAGGAAAAUGAACAACCACAAGGGCUUGACAACCCAAAAAAAAACUUCCUUAUUGAGAUGAUUUUUACGUUUAGUUUUAUUUUUUAUGCAAGAUAUGGGGGAGGUUCACAAAAUAUCACAUUUUUUAACAACUGCCCUAAUCCUUAUAACAUUUCCAUUGACCACCCCCUUAAUAUUAAAUAAAAUUUCAAGGACAACACCCCUCCCAUAGUUUUACUAAAAAAAAUUGGUUUUUAGCAUUUUUAUUAAACAACGGUUAAUGUUAACCAAAUAUAGCCCAGACAAAAGAAGCCCCAUAAAGACCGAAAUCUAGCAAAAUCAAGCAAAUUUCAAUCAGAAAUACAAGGAGGACUGCAUUCAGAUUGAAGCAGUAAGAAAUAUACAAUGGGUAGAGGAGAACCUGAAGAAGGACAAUAAUAGUUAAAAACAAACACUCUUAACUUGUUGAAUAGAUAUGUAGUCUACAGGAAAUUUCAAGCAAAAAGCCAGGAAUUUUUUUGUUUUUAAUUAUAAUACUAAUUAUUUUAAGUAAAAAAAUACAUCUUAAUUUUAAUUUAGCACAACACAGGUUGUUAUCAUUAGAUAUAGCACAACACAUGUUGUUAACAAUAGAUGAAGCCAACACAGAAUAACUUCUUAAAUUUGAAAAACAGAAAUUUUGCAUAAAUAAAAUUAACAAAAAAAAAACAAGUAAAAAGAAUUUAUGUAACAUUGCACUCUACCACCCCACCCAAUCCCAUGUAACAAAGUGAUAAACCACCACCACCCACUUUAUAAUGUAUAUUAUUAUAUGAUAUGCACUAACAUUAUGGGUGGAGCAAAAUCAACAUCUGCUACAAAACCUCCAAAUGAGAUACAGAGCUACAAAAAGUCCACAUGAAUUACAAAGCUACUAAAUGUCCACAUGAGAUACAGAGCUACAAAAUGUCCACUUGAGAUACAGAGCUAUAAAAUGUCCACAUGAGAGACAGAGCUGCAAAUCAUUCACAUGAAAGACAGACUUUAUUUUGUGCCCCAUAUUGUAUGUCUGUUGAUUUUUUUGCUCUAUAUUACUUUGGGAGAUAAUGUCCCAUGUUCUAUGUCACUACAAAGAUAAUGUGCAAUGUUCUACAUCAUUGCAAAGAUAAUGUGAAAUGUUCUACAUCAUUACAAAGAUAAUGUGCAAUGUUCUACAUCAUUACAAAGAUAAUGUCCCAUGUUCUAUAUCACUACAGAGAGAACAACCCUCUGGAUAAACUGAUGUUUGUAAGCCUGCAGGAAAAGGUGGAUAACAUGGAAGAUCAUCUAGUCACAGAUCACCUUAGUGGCAAAAGUAAUAUAAAUGGAGAUCAAUGAAAAGAUGAAUUGUAAAAUAAGUCAAGGCACAUGUAGCUUUGGUCUUGUAAAAUAAGUCUAAGCAUAUAUAGCUUUGGUCUUGUAAAAUAAGUCUAGGCAUAUAUAGCUUUGGUCUUGUAAAAUAAGUCUAGGCACAUGUAACUUUGGUCUUGUAAAAUAAGUCUAGGCAUAUAUAGCUUUGGUCUUGUAAAAUAAGUCUAGGCAUAUAUAGCUUUGGUCUUGUAAAAUAAGUCUAGGCACAUGUAGCUUUGGUCUUGUAAAAUAAGUCUAGGCACGUGUAGCUUUGGUCUUGUAAUAUAAGUCUAGGCACAUGUUGUCAUGUAGCUUUGAUCUCGUAGAAUCACUUUUAAAUGAAAGCCUAUUCAUUAAUUUCUCACAACAUAAAUUUAAUAUUUCCCUAUAAAUCUAAUUACAACUGUAUCAUGUGAUAAAUCAACAAAUGUAUAGGAUGCAAGGGUUAAGGUUAAAAAUAUAUUUUUAUUAAGAUACAUAACAUAUAGUUGACCCAACACAAUAAAUGGCUCAUAACAUCUAGUUGGCCCACCACACUUAAAUGGCUCAUAACAUCUAGUUGGCCCACCACACUUAAUGGCUCAUAACAUCUAGUUGGCCCAACAAAAUUAAAUGGCUCAUAACAUCUAGUGGCCCAUCACACUUAAAUGGUUCAUAACAUCUAGUUGGCCCACCACACCUAAAUGGCUCAUAACAUCUAGUUGGCCCAACACAAUUAAAUGGCUCAUAACAUCUAGUUGGCCCAUCACAUUUAAAUGGCUCAUAACAUCUAGUUGGUCCAUCGCACUUAGAUGGCUCAUAGCAUCUAGUUGGCCCAACACACUUAAAUGGCUCAUAACAUCUAGUGGCCCAUCACACUUAAAUGGCUCAUAACAUCUAGUGGCCCAUCACACUUAAAUGGCUCAUAAAAUCUACAUGGAUCUAAGUUAGUGCACCAUGAAGCUUUAAUCGUUUCUGUUCAUUUUUUUUUCUUUAGAUGAUGAAGAAAUGGAAAUGUUUGUAAAGCAGUUUGAAUCCACAAGGAUAGCAGAGACUGCAGGUAAGUACUCGGUGGAGUACAAUGCUUCUUUACAUUUUUUUUACUAUUCCACUGUUAAGUUUUUGAUGUUUCAUAAUCUGGUGUUACAUAAUUGUGUUGACCUUGUCAUUUUAUCAUCCACGUUGAUGUUGCCAUUGUAUCACCGAUCUACUGUAGUUUCAAGUCAUGAGGCUUUUGGAACUUAACUUGUUUAACUUAGGUGUCAAGUCUGAGUGUAUACUGCUGGGCUACGUGCUCAAAGAUGUGUUCAUCACUGAGUUGACAUUUUCACUGUAUCACCCAUCUAUUUUUGACAUUGUCGCUGUAUAACCCAUCUCUUGUGUUGACAGAGUUUCAAGGCACGAGGCUGCUGGAACUGUACUUGUGCAGCCUGGGUGUCAAGUCUGAGUGUAUACUGCUGGGCUACGUGCUCAAAGAUGCUGCAUUAACCAGCUUGUGUUACAGUAACAGUGUGUCCCGGCUGUUUGUCCAGCUUCAUCUCAAGUACCUCACUCUAAAAGGUGAAGUAGAAAAAUUUAUUCUAAAUGCUAAAUCAUGCAACCAUGAUUUAAUACAGAAAUGUUAAUGCAAUACAUGCAGCGCACACUUGAGUAGCUAAUAGUAAAUCUACAUAGUUAAAAUACAGUAAAUCUACAUAGUUAAAAUACAGUAAAUCUACAUAGUUAAAAUACAGUAAAUCUACAUAUUUAAACUACAGUAAAUCUACAUAGUUAAAAUACAGUAAAUCUGCAUAGUUAAAAUACAGUAAAUCUACAUAGUUAAAAUACAGUAAAUCUACAUAUUUAAAAUACAGUAAAUCUACAUAGUUAAAAUACAGUAAAUCUACAUAGUUAAAAUACAGUAAAUCUACAUAGUUAAAAUACAGUAAAUCUACAUAGUUAAAAUACAGUAAAUCUACAUAGUUAAAAUACAGUAAAUCUACAUAGUUAAAAUACAGUAAAUCUACAUAGUUAAAAUACAGUAAAUCUACAUAGUUAAAAUACAGUAAAUCUACAUAGUUAAAAUACCUUUUGUUCUUGACGGUCAUGAUCUGUUUUUAGUUUUUCUUAAGAGAAAAAUAAAACAAUUUCACUGAAUGUAAUUAAGUAUUAUAAUCAUCAAAAUUAAACUAUUUUUCAAAUGCAGUAAGGAUUUUGUAUAAGUUCUUAUGUUAUACCUGCUGCUCAUAGAAGUUGUAAGCUGUUAAAUUUUAUUAUUGUGUAAUUUUUAUCUUAGAUCGUAAUAAAUUCAUAUUUGACAUAAAUUAACUGCACAGAAAGACGGCUGUCAACAUUAAUCCUUGAAGAAUGGCAGAUACUGAGCACUACAAGUUGCCAAGUUUUGAGCAAUUUUCUGACCUCUGUCUCAUCAUCAUUACAAAACCUUAGCCUUAAGGGAUGCCUCAACCUAUCAGACACAAAUAGGUUUACAGGUAAACAUUUAUUUUGCUUGUUAUUUCAAAUCUUACCAUUUGAGAGAUAUUGCUGGAAACAAGUCGUGCAUGAAUUAUGCACAUACUUACACACAAGUCUAUGCCGGUUUGUGUGGGGGAAUUCACACAAAGCAUAAUUACUCCUGUGACAUUAUAUUAUUUAUAGAAUUGAGAACUGGGUUUCAAUAUUUGAUAAACAAAUGUUUAGCCCAUUCCACACAUCCAGCCAGAACUUGACAAUUCUAAAAUCAUUAAUUAUCUGCACCUGUGCUUGACAGCUGAAGGCUGCACUUUGUUGUACCUGACAUUCUUAUUUGAAGUAAAACCAAUGUUAAAGCUGACUUCAUUGACUUUGAACAUGGCUCUUUCUGGUUUGAUUUAAAACCAUUGCUGAAGCAUAAAUAAAAAUAAUUUCAUUUUCCUCAUUCCAACAUAGCAGACCUGUUUACUCUUACUAGGUUAGUACACAAUGUACAAUUUUGAGAUGUCUUUUACAAUCCUACGCAGAGACCCGUCAGAACUGCAAUUUUAAGAGACCUGGUUAAAAAAUAUUUUCCCUCCACCAAUGGGGGGGAGUUUGGUAGCCAAACUAAAUAAUUAUGUCACCAGCACUUAAAGACUACAGUGUGUUGUCUCUAGGCUAAAUAUUACUACAGCUAUAUUUAGCUAGCUAUUUAUAAAAACCUAAAGCAUUAGUGUGACGAUAACUGUGAAACAAUGUGGUGUUAUUUUUGUAGCCUUAAUAGGCUCCAUAAGAAAUCAUGGAUUUAACAUAUUUUUAGGUGACAGUUGGCUUUAUUAGAGACUGUCCGGAUAAUUAUUGUAGAGCUUAUGCAUAAAUGUAUGCACAUUCUGGUGAUCCCCCCCCCCUGAAGCUGUCAUAUGCAUGCUCAUUGUGUACGUAAUAUAUGGACUUCCCCUUUCGUUGACAGGGUGAAGGAGUGGGUAUGAAAAUAUGCUGGUUUUUUUCUUUUUGCGUACAGUAUAUAUGAAUGUCCCAUUGUCCUAUCAACUGUGGCAUUCAAAUUCGCCUACAUUGACAGACACAGACCUGUUUACCCUCAAAGUCUUAAAAUCGUACAAUAACAUCACAAAAUCAUUCAAUACAUUAUCUUAGAGGUAAAAAUAAACAUUCAGUAUAUAUAAUGUAUACACCUCAAAAUCGUACAUUGUACGCCGAAAUCAUAAGAGUAAACAGGUCUGCAGAAAUGCACAUUGCAUGGAUGCUUUUAAUGUUUACAUCUGCGUGGAAUCGUCACUCCUUUCUCAAGAUGACAUAUAUUUUUUUAAAUGCAUUCUCAACUGCUCCACACAGCAGAGUUAGAUUUUGACAUAUUCUAUAAGAUCUAGUAAGCAGCAUUUAAAAUCUAUUUUUAGAAGUCACUAAGUUGCUGUAAAAUUUUAAUACCCCAGUUUGGUUCCAUCACUUCUCUUCCCUUCAGUAAAAUCAGACUCCAAAGCUUAAUGCAAGGGUGGGCAACCUGUGGCCCACCACAUUAAAUGUUUUGGCCCCCCGAAUGUAUUACAAAUAAACUUAUUUACUCAUUCAAAAAGGGAUAAUUUUAAUUUGAUGCAUAAACGCACAUUUUAUAUGUAGAUAUAUAUACAUUAUUUUUUUUGGACGGUACUUGCCAUUUUGGUGUACCCGCCCCCAUUUUGAAAAUAGAUUGAAAUAAGUAAUAAUUAUAAAACAAUUUUACUAUUUAUUAACUACUAAAAUAAAAAGGAUUUAUGUAAACAAAGCUAGGUAAGGGGAACAUAAUUUUUCAUAUGCAUUACAAUUAAGUCUAGAAUGAUGCAAAACUAUAUUUAGCUACCGGUAUAUGGAAAAGUACAUCCCUGCGUUUUGAAUUUAUAAAAAAAAUUCUGGACAGAGAGCUCAGCCUCCUCCCAAACCCCACCCCAACUUUUGUUUGGGUGCUCUGGCGGGCCCUAAUUUCCGCUACCCCUCCCCCCCCCCCCCCCCACAUCUUUGUCUAUCAAAGUGGCAAAUGACGGGCACAUUAUAUUUGCAAUAAUGCACUGUAUAUAAAUCUAUAAACAUCAGUCAUCUACUUUGAGGAGUGACCUUUGUUAGAAAUGUGAUGUGAAUAGUUAUUGUAAACAUUAUUCUGCAUGUGUAUUUAUUUACUAUUACAAUACAGUUUGUACAGUUUUGACAUGGUAAAGAACUAUGCUGAGACUUUAUUGUACUAUAUCGAGAGUCCCAGUGUAACCAGGUCUGACAAAGUAUAUCUGACAAUUAUGUUCUUAGAAAAAGCCCACAGUUUAUAGUCUGCUUUCCGUAAGUUUAUUUUCAUGCAAAAAACAUAUUUCUUAGGAUUGGGUAUUGAAAACAGUAUUGCUCUUAUAUUUUGAAUAGGUAUUUUAGAGAGCAUCUCAAACUGCAAGAAUCUCAGAUCCUUGGACCUAUCAGAAAAUCAUCUUGGUUUGUAUACUCCAAAUAAGAAAUUAUUUUAAAAAACACAAUUAAUAUUCAUGGAAAAUGUUUACAUUUUUUAACAUUUUAAUAAUGCUUUAGAACGUAAUUACUGCUAAAAUUUUCUGAAAUAUAAUUAGCAUAAUAUAUUUUUAAAACUCUAUAUAUCUGAAACUAUGCAUUUGUUAUGUACACAUUUGUUAAAAAUGUAUAAUAUUUAAACAUUUCUUUUAGGUGAAAACUCACUUCAAUAUUUAACAAAAAUACUGGCCAACACCCAAGUUAGAGAACUUGCCUUAAGGUAAAAAUAAUCCACAUGUUAUUAUAAUUUUUCUAUUAUUUAAAAAUCUUUGAAACACAACUUGGCUAUAGAAAGUUUACUAUAUUACAACACUAACAUCCAUAUAACUUAACAAUAACAAGUUUACUAUACUACGACACUAACAUCCAUUUAGUUAAUAAUGUCAUGUUCACUAUGCUUACUAUCUUUCUUAAUAACUUACAUCAAUAUCCAAUUGUAGUUAUCAGCCUUUUCCAUCAGAAACAGAAAACUUUUUUAUCUGGUUGUUUAUUUUUAGUCGUUUUGCUGAUUUUUAAAAAUUCAUUAUUUAUUAGCUGGAGCUAGCAUGAGUGCAGUAUAGUUGCUUUCUGUCUGUCUGGUAUCUGUAGCAAAAUUUCUGGUAGGUGUAGCAAGAUUUCAUUCAGUUAUAACUCUAAGACUUGAUCUAUUUCCAGAAAAAAUGGCUUGUCUCUCUCCACUGUCCUCAUGCUGUUGAAAGACAUUGCUGAUCCUAGGAAUCACUCACUGGAUACCUUAGACUUAAGGCGCAAUAAAUUUUGGGAGGCUCAAAGACUACAGUAUAGUGACCUGAUCAAAAAUGCUACUCGAUACUUGUUAGUAGACCAUGGGCCAAGCUCUGCUGAUGAUACCUGACAAAAACAUGACCACUUCUGCAUUGCUUAAAAUGUUUUGACAUGCAGAAGAUAAACAUCUUUGGUGCAUUUGGUCACUUCUACUUAGUUUAAGCUCUGCUUGCCAUUUUAAAUCAUGUGCUGUUUUUAU